CAUUUAACCCUAUUUGUUUCAUUCAUUUGCAGCGUCAAAAGCAACUCUUACCAAGACCCACCCCCACCCAACCCACUCCACCAAGAUUCAUCAUUGACUCCAUAAAUCAACGCACCACCCUCUUUCCCCAAAUCACUGAUCGAUUAUGGCUUGGGGUAGCUUAGGUGCUCUGCUCCUCAUAUUAUCAGCAGCAGCCUUUACAUCAACAGUCACUGCAAAUUCCGAAGGCGACGCGCUUUACGCGCUUCGCCGGAGCUUGAACGAUCCUGAUAACGUUCUUCAGAGCUGGGAUCCCAAUCUUGUUAACCCCUGCACCUGGUUUCACAUUACUUGUGAUCAAGAUAAUCGUGUUACUCGCCUGGAUCUUGGAAACUCUAAAUUGUCUGGCCAUCUUGUACCUGAACUAGGAAAACUCGAACGCCUACAAUAUCUGGAGCUUUACAAAAAUUCCAUUCAAGGUACAAUUCCUGCUGAGAUCGGUAACUUGAAGAGCCUCAUAAGCUUGGAUCUCUACAACAACAAUAUUACGGGAAAUAUUCCACCUACACUCGGGAAUUUGAAGUCUCUAGUGUUCUUGCGUCUUAAUGACAAUAAUUUAACUGGAAGAAUUCCAAGGGAACUCAUUGGUGUUUCGAGCUUGAAAGUUGUAGAUGUUUCGAAUAAUAACCUAUGUGGCACGAUUCCGACCACUGGCCCGUUUGAACACAUCCCUUUGAGCAACUUUGAGAACAAUCCUCGUUUGGAAGGGCCUGAGUUGCUGGGGCUAGUAAGUUACGAUACAAACUGCUCGUAAAAGUGUUGUUUCUAGUUGCCUUGUAUGUCAAGUUUGCCGCUUUUAUAAACCCGCUUUAAGUUGUGAAAACGUAUAACAUCUGGAUAGCUUAUGAUAUCGUCUGUAAUAUCGUUAUGUUGCGUUAAGUGUAUGUUGUCUUGAAAAAAUGUAAUGUUUGGUGGUAAACAAUGGAAUUAUCAGUGGUGCUCACAGUCUAA